AUGGUGCCCAAAUCAUCCCAAGCACCUGCAGUGCGUGAAUUACGAGGAGAUGAAAAUCCUAUCCCGGCAACAGUCUCGUCCUGUGGAAACGAUGCCAGCGGCAUUGGAACCGUGCAAAGGAACAAUAGUCACAAUAUCAUAUGCAAUACCUUCUACCAUUGUCCUGAGUCUGGUAUGCGGGGUGCGGUGGGUUCCUCCACAGUUAGGUAUAAUCACAUUCCUCCCGUAUAUGAGGAUAAAACUUCGUUAUUUUAUUGGCCUCAGGAAUACGACAAGGUUCGGGACGUGUUGCAGUAUAUGCUUGCCAAUAUGACUAUCAUUAAUAAGUGCCUUGAGCCUUAUCACAAGAAUGAAGCUUUGAUGGGCCAUUGGCGAAGUGUAUCACGAAGACGGCAUGCAUUGAAAAUACUUUGCGACGAUGGGACAUUAUUAGAAAUUAUGAGGAUCUGUAAUUCUUUGAACUGGGACGACAAUAAAAAUAUCUCUAUUAAAAUGUACAAGUCAAAAGGCGGAAGUUCGCCAAGACAACGACAAAAUAGCAUGGCGCCGAAGUCCAAAUCUUCUCGCUCCAGGCGGCGGCGACGAAACAAGCGGCGACGAAACAAUAAGACGCCAAAAUUACAUGCCCCGUCCACCAAACGCUUAACAUGUGUGGGGACCAAGUUUGGCCCCUCCAUUUGCCCAAAAGACAUCAAAACCCUGAAGAACGAAUUACAUUUGCUCUACCAAAACACUAUGGGGUUACUCACUGUAUACCAAGAUCUUCACAAGCGCUCUAAGUUGCUUUCGGCCUUGACAUAUGCAAAAAACACACAUACUCUGUUAUACGAUCUUCUGUCCAGCCACUGCCUUCAGCAUAGUGCUCAUAUAAUUGAGUUUGAUCUAGAGGCAGGCCUCGAAGAAUAUAGCCACUGGGCAGACAUUAAAUUCCGACUUUCUAUCGGCAUAGGUUUUCCCAGAGAUGAAGUACGACUGGCCUUGAAGACCACGGAAGAAGACGUAUCGAUCCAGGGCCCCCCCAUAAAACAUCCUUCAGGUUGCCUGUUGAACCUUGAUCCGCGAAUGACUAAUCGUUCGCGACACGGAACCGUCAUCUGCCCAAUACAUCCCCACCAUGGAGCUGAGUUGAUUUGUAAUGGUCUCGUCACUGAAAAGAACGCGGCAUGCCUUCUGACCGAGAGAAACAUCAUUCUGCAAAAGAGGCAUCAUGUCCAGGAAGCAGAGAGCCUUCACCUUGCAAGACAAAUCGCUACAACUGUGGUUAAGUUCAGUUGUACGCCAUGGCUCAGCGCCUUCUGGGGCUGUGAUAAUGUAGUCUUCUACCUGGACCAACGAGGAGAACUUCCUUACCCAAAGCCUCAUUUCCGUAUCCGCCUCGAAAACGCUACAAAUCGCAAGUCCGAUGACUUUUGCAACUCAAAUACGGGAGAAACGCUUUUUUAUCUCGGCCUCGUCCUGUACCAACUGUGGAAAGACUUUCCUAAAGACGUACAGUCAACUAAAUACGAGCCUCCUCUUCAAGAGUUUGAUAGAGCUCGGAUCCCUCGCAUUAGGUGCUGUGUUAAUCGUCAAGUGAAAGAGUGGAUUAGGAAGAACAAAGUACCGAAUAAAUAUGCAAAGAUUAUUGGAUGGUGUCUAGAUGCACCAAAACGCUCAACUAAGGGGAUGAGCGAUUCAAAAAUACUAGCUGAGAUGUAUGAGAUGGUGGUCUGCGGCCUGGAGGAGGUGGAGAGAACAUACGACGGCCAUUGCUGGCACUGCUGCUAUUGGCUAGAUACAUGUACCUCUUCCAAGCCGCUGUACCUCGGGGCUACUGCCACGCAACCCGAACCACAAGUCCUUUAA